AUGCCUGCUCUUCAUCCAAAGCCCUUCAAGGUUGAUAUCGCCGAGGAAGAACUAGAACUUCUGAAGAAAAAGUUGCAGCUAGUUCGCCUUCCAACUGGCAAUAUCGAAAGUACCUGCGGAGAAGACAACGGCAUUACUGUAGGUUUCAUCGAAGAGGUGGUCAAAUACUGGCUCGAAGAAUACAAUUGGGAACUCGAGCAACUCAAACUCAACGAAUUCUCUCAGUUCAAAGUCACUAUCGAGUUGGAAGAGUGGGGGCUCUUCGACAUCCAUUUCAUCCACGAACGUUCCGAGGGAGAAGAUGGGAUUCCGUUGAUCUAUCUGCACGGAUGGCCAGGAAACUUUACAGAAGUAACAAAAAUACUUGAGCCGCUUCGAUCUGCAGGUCAUCAUGUCGUAGCACCUUCUCUCCCUGGGUUUGGCUUUUCGUCGCACACCACCAAGCAAGGGUUCAAGAACUGGCAUUCAGCAGAGCUGCUGCAUCGACUCAUGACCGGACUAGGCUACGAGCAAUAUGUCGUGGCGGGCGGGGACUGGGGAGCGAUGAUAGCAUCAUCCAUGGUUCGACUUCACCCAGAAAACAUACAGUCAGUCCAUCUUACCAACGUUUUCGUCAAGCCUCCUGAGGACGGCAACAAGCUAGAGUAUUCCGACUUCGAGAAGCGCUCUCUGGAGAUAAUGAAUUGGUUCCAGAAAGGGCAAGCCGGCUACGGCCAGAUACAGAGCACAAAACCGCGCACCCUAGGCUUCGCUAUGCACGACUCUCCUGUGGGCAUGCUUGCCUGGAUGGCCGAUAAACUUCAGAUGUGGUAA